GUGAGGUUGUGUUGUGUGGUAUCAUCACAGCGAAGCACGCCUCCACUACUAAACUUUCCUUUCCCUCUCUCUCUCUCUCUCUCUCUUUGUUGUGUGGAAAUGUCGGGAUCGGAGGACGAGGGAGGAGAAGAGUACCUCUUCAAGAUCGUCAUAAUCGGAGACUCUGCGGUGGGCAAAUCCAACCUUCUCUCCCGCUACGCCCGGAACGAGUUCAACAUGCACUCCAAGGCCACCAUAGGUGUCGAGUUCCAGACUCAGUGCUUGGAAAUCGACUCCAAGGAAGUCAAGGCUCAGAUUUGGGACACCGCCGGCCAAGAGCGAUUCCGCGCCGUCACCUCCGCCUACUACCGCGGCGCUGUCGGCGCCCUCAUUGUCUACGACAUCUCCCGCCGCACCACCUUCGAUAGCGUCGGCCGCUGGCUCGACGAGCUUAAAACUCAUUGCGAUACGACGGUGGCAAUGAUGCUAGUGGGGAACAAAUGUGACUUGGAGAAUAUAAGGGCGGUGAGCGUUGACGAAGGGAAAAGCCUUGCGGAAGCGGAAGGCUUGUUUUUCAUGGAAACGUCUGCGUUGGACUCCACAAACGUGAAGACGGCAUUUGAGAUGGUAAUUCGAGAGAUAUACACCAACGUGAGCAGGAAGGUGCUCAACUCCGAAACAUACAAGGCAGAGUUAUCUGUCAACAGGGUCAGCCUCGUCAACAAUGGUGCUUCUACAUCUAAGCAAAAUCAACCCUAUUUUUCUUGCUGUUCCAGAUGACCUACAAUACUCUGCAACUUGCUUUGUCACUUCUAUUUCCUUUUUCUUUCUUUUCUUUGCUUUAUUAAUUAAAUGGGCUCGGUUGGAUUGUUCCUUCAAAACUUGUUUAUCAGUUACACCUAUAUAGUAAAUCAAAAUGUUGUCUUCAAUCUCAGGAAAGCGGGUAUAAAUUGUAUAAUUGGGUUACAAAGAGCUUGUAAUUGCACUGCAGCGAAUGAAAGCGGACAUCCAUUUAUGUCAAAUUGUCUUUGUUGAUUAUUGUUACUUA